AUGUCUAGCUUCUUCCCCAGAUCAUGUGCAAGUAAACCUGUCAUCACAUCCACCCCCGGCUUUGUGCAAGCCUACCUCAAAUGCCUUGAGCCAUCCUUCACGAGCAAAACGAACAGCCAAACGCAAAUCUUCUAUCGCUUGAGACAUUUCGCCACCAAAGACAUCAUCGAUCUCAUCAACAGAGCUUCCAAAACAGAUAUUGAACUUGUCGCGGAGUUGCAGGGACUACAAAAACAAGAGUCCCACUUCAAAGCAACAGCAACGAGACAGCUCAAGAAGGGAACUUUCUCAAAGGAGAGCGCCAAAGACCUGCAACUGCAGAUCAAGGAAAUCGAUGACUGCAGAAUAACCGACAAGGCGGCCAGGAUAUUCUACGGUGGAAAACUGAAACGCUUGGACGACGCAUGGGAUGUGUUCGUCGAGUAUCAGGACAACUUGGAGAAUUGGGCAGACGAAUUGGAGAUGGAGUUUACGGAUCGUGACCCCGACUUGCAAGACAAAGAACCAGGGGCUGAUGUCGGUGACAAUCCGGGGCAUUGCAACGACGACGACAAUCAGGCGGAUGAGCAUGAUUUGGAAGUUAGCGAUACGUACGCUUCCACGCAUGAUGGCAACCGUGGCGGCCGCAGUGAGCCUAGCGAUCGUGGACCAAGUCUGGGACAAGGAGAUACAUCGAACAUCGCCAACGACCCUUGUGUUCCGAACGUGGUCGUCAAAGAGCCUCUUUCUUCAGAAGAAUUGGGGGAUCCUGUUGUCUCGGAUUUACCGGAGGUCGAAGAGUAUGUUUCUUCAGAAGAUUUGGAGGGUCCUGUUUUCCCGGACCUUGCCCAAGACACAAAAACCUGUCCAGACGAUGCGCAGAAUAGCUUCGUCGAAGAUAUCUUCGUUCCAAACGAGGCGCAGAACACUAUCAUCGUUCGAGACGAUGCCGCAGGCCCAGGGAAGAAGAGUGCACGUGCGAGCAAGAAACGCGAUAAUACGAAGCAGUUAGACGGACGAGAAGUUACGCAGGCAGCCAAGCGUAGGUGCAAGAACAAAUCCCACGCGAGCAGGCACAUCCCCAUUGAGGCGUCUGCAUAA